AUGUCGGUGCAAGCCUCCCCGACGCUGUUCAUGGCGAUGGCGGCGGCGGCGGCGGCGGCGGCGGCGGCGCGUUCUGAUGACAUCACUCGGGCGCGCGUGUCCCGGCGUGACGCCAGGACGUACUACGGCGGCUGGAAAGAAAUGUGGGCGCUAGGUAUGUGGCGGGGCCUUCGUGCGAUCCCGAGCGGGCGGCGGCUCGUCACCUCGCGGGAGGCUCCUCAGGGGGGUCGGGUCACAGCCGAGGUGAUCGAGCACCUGGAACGACUGGCGCUGGUGGACUUCGGCAGCCGCGAGGCCGUGGAGCGGCUGGAGAAAGCCAUCGCCUUCGCUGACCGGCUUCGCGGGGUCGACACCGACGGGGUGGAGCCCAUGGAGUCGGUACUGGAGGACAGAUGUCUAUACUUGAGAUCAGACAAUGUAGCGGAAGGCAACUGUGCUGAAGAACUACUACAAAACUCCCAACGUGUCGUGGAGGAGUAUUUUGUGGCCCCCCCAGGUAAUAUCUCUUUGCCAAAGCUGGGUGAACAAGAGCCCUUCUCUCAUGGCUGAUAGCUAGCUAUUCUGGGAAGGGGGUACGCUGUGAAUACAUGGAAGCACAAUGGUGGCACUGUUAUUGUGAACCUUAAUGUUCUAUCACCUGAAAAAGUGGAUGUUUAAGCAACUCUUAGUAACUGACUCUUCUCAGGAAGAUUUGAACAAUAUCCAAGUAAACAAGGCAAUGAGUUCCUGAUGCUAAUAGAAAAGGGAAUACCAACUUCCAAGGAAAUGGAUCAAGUAUUUACAGACUUACUCAGUAUGGAAGUUACCCUCUUUCAUCUUCCUGUAAAAGAAUUAUGUCUAACAAACUGUGUAUACUGGAACUUUUUUAUAUACCUGGUUAUCAGAGUAUCUGAUCACCAAGUGAUAA